AAGUCUAAAAACGUGUUGCGAAAAGAACAAGCUUUUCUAUCAAGUGCUAUUUCGGUGAAAGUAUUGUUUGUAAUAAUAAAUUAAUUAUACGUAUUCUUUAUACCAGUAGAGUUUAAAUAUGGAUGAACACCACAAUUGCGCAAUAUGUCUCAAUCAAAUAGUGGACAAGAAGAUGUUGCCAUGCAAGCACAUCUAUUGCGUGCAGUGUCUUGUAGACUACGUGACGUUUGCAAAUAAAAAUAUGUUAAAAAAGCGUUGUCCAUUGUGCAGCAAAGGAUUUCAAGAAAUAGGAAAAGACUAUGAAGCGGCGGAUGUUUCAUCCCAUGACAUGCACGUUGGCUACGUUGAUAUAUUUUUAGAAUUAUACGAAGUAGAUAUUAUAUCAGAUGAUGAAAUGGAAGAUGUUCCAGAUGAAUCAUCCAGUGUGAGUGAUGUAAUGUGGGUUAAUGGCACAAGAAACGAUGAACCGUCACGUACGCUAGAGAAUGAUAAAGAAACAACCGAUCAACCACCGCAUAUGUUAGGGCAUGAUCAAGCAGAAGUCAACGAACCACUUUCUGAAAUUUGUAAUAAUGAAUUGAUAGCAGAUUCAGAAGAUUCACAAAAUGAAGAAGAUGUUACUGAUGCAGAAAAUGAUGUUGAUAUGGAAAGUGAUUUAUCAUCGCUUGAGACGGAUGUUGAAGAUGAAUUGGAAAAUGAAGAUAAUUAAAGUAAAGUUAUGCAUCUCAUGUAGUAGAUAUAUAAUUCACUUUCAAUACUUUUAACUAUUAAAAUAUAAG